AUGAAGAUGGCGGCCGUUGUAGAAGGAGUAGAGCGAGGUUUUGAAGCCGUGGAUUGCGACUCGGUGUUACCGAGAUUGUCUACACCACCUCCCGAUCAACCACACCAGAACAACCCGCUAUUAGGACUUCCCAUUGUGGCGAUUGAGACGAUUUUCAAUUUCCUGGCUUACGACGAAAUCAGCCUUAUACGCUUGGUGAGGGUGAACAAAAACAAACCACGAAGCAAAUGGCAAUGCGGCGUCUGGCUAAUCUAGUUGUUGCUAGCUAAAUUAUCUAUGUCAGAGACGGUAUUGGCUAUGUAGCUAGUGUGAGUAGCAAGUGAGGUCAUUAACUAGCUAAUAAGUUCCUUCCCUAGUUAAGUCGUAACAUGCAUUGAUUCACUGCUUAUAUGUUUUGAAAAAAGUUGAAUCUUUCCACACUGAAUGAUAAUAUGGUGCCGAACUAUAUCACGUGCUAAGAUAAGUUUAUUUGCAUCAGCUUUGUCAACAACCCACCUGUUCCAUUCCAUUUCAAGGUUGCUAUAGCGAGCUAGUAGGGGCCUGUCCUGGGUGGAACUCGUGGAAAACGAGUCAAAUUUAUACUGUUUUAUGGGUAUAAUAUUGUUUGUCUAAUAAACGGUAUUGGUAUUUAUUUUCUAGCUAUCUAAAUAUGUUAACGUUACCUUGCUAACACUAGUAUGUUUUCUUUAGAUUUAGCUAAAAACUGGGAAAGUGUAUUCUAUAUGACCACAGUAACUUUAGUUAGCUACACAUUUAGAAAUUGGCAUAUUCCCGCUAUCCCGAAUGAAUCAAGUAUGUCCUUUCAUUUACUUGCAUCAUCUGAAAAAGUGGUGCAAGAGACCAAUUGAACGUUUUGAAUUCACGUUCAAGGAAUUCAAUGUGAUAUCGAAAUAGUAUAUUUUCCAGGGAUACCAGAGAACUCGAGGGAGGUUUUGUAGUUAUAUCUGUGUGGGGGAGUAGGCUCUUUUUCAGCUCCACACUUUUGAUCUGGCCACUUUGUUUGCGCAUCACAGGCUGUAAGUGUCAUGCAGGGUUAUGGAGGUGUUGUAAAAUACAUUAAUCCCAAUAGAAGCUCAACCAUACCUUCCCACCCCUGUUCUUUUCCCAGGUAUGCAAGCGCAUGGACAUGAUCUGUCAGCGCAUACUGAACCAAGGCUUCCUCAAGGUGGAGCGCUACCACAGCCUGUGCCAGAGGCAGGUCAAAGCCCAGCUGCCAAGGUCAGUAUCAACACCCUUGGAGGGAGGGCAAUUCUAUAGUAUAUGACAUGUGACUGGUAUGCUAUUUGAAUACAGGUGUUUUUUGCUAGGCCUAGGUCCUGAAGCAAAUCAAUGAGUUAAAAUAGGCCUACUGCAUCCAGGCAAUGAAGCCAGAAGUGCUGACUGGUUUGAGCUUUGUAGGAACCACAGAUUGGUAUAAAGCACAUUUGUGAAAUCUGUAAUUUUUUAUCCAGGCCUGUGUUUUCCUCUCCUGGUAACAAGUGUGGAUUCAUUGUGGGUAAUAAAAUAAAAUACACUGAACAAAUAUAUAAACUCAACAUGUUUCAUGAGCUGAAAUAAAACAUUCCAGAAAUGUUCCAUAUGCACAAAAAACAUAUUUCUCAAAUUUUGUGCAAAAAUUUGUUUACAUCCAUGUUAGUAAACAUUUCUCCUUAGCCAAAAUAAUCCAUCCACCUGACAGGUGUGGGGGGGGGGGGGGGGGGGUGUACUGAUGAGUAUUUCUGUCUGUAAUAAAGUCAUGCUGUGUUUAUAUUUUUGUUCAGUAUAGUUUGAGAUGUCAACCUAUGAAUGAUUAGCCUACUCACCCCAUUGUCGUCAGCAGCACCAGUGUAUUACAGAAGUGACUAUCUCAGACCUCGACGCUAUGAAACACAUUCACUAUACUUUUUUUGUAUUGCUUCACCUCGUUAUUUUAUUCCAAAUCACUCCAUCUUCACUGUUUUGAUGAUCCAUGGAAAGUGAUCAUUGACUCAUAAAUGUUACUUGGAAUAUAAAUGUGGUCCUCUGUAGCUCAGCUGGUAGAGCACGGCGCUUGUAAUGCCAAGGUAGUGGGUUCGAACCCUGGGACCACCCAUACACAAAAAUGUAUGCACGCAUGACUGUAAGUCGCUUUGGAUAAAAGCGUCUGCUAAAUGGCAUAUUAUUAUUUAUAAAGAUAUCCGUGUCUUGUCCAGUGUAUAUUUAGUGAGUUUUUGUUUUUGUUUUGGCAGGCGGGAGUCCGAGCGGAGGAACCACUCACUGGCCCGUCAUGCUGACAUCCUGGCUGCUGUAGAAACGCGCCUCUCCUUACUCAACAUGACCUUCAUGAAAUAUGUGGACUCAAAUCUCUGCUGCUUCAUCCCUGGCAAGGUACCUAGCUACAUCCUCUGUAACCUACUAGUCACUACCUACCUGGCACACAUCUGUACAAUAUAUGCCAACUAGUAGAAGGAAAUGUCAGGUUCAAUUUAAGUUAUUUUGUGUUUUUUUUUAAUCGUCAACUAAUUUUAGAGCUCCUAUUUGGCAACAAGAUGGCACUCUUGCUCUUAGAUCAAAUCAAACUUUAUUUGCCACAUGUGCCGAAUACAACAGGUGUAGACAUUACCGUGAAAUGCUUACUUACAGCCCUUAAUCAACAAUGCAUUUAUUUUUUAAUAAAAGUAAAUAAAACAACAAAAAAGUGUUGAGGAAAAAAAGAGCAGAAAUAAAAUAACAGUAGGGAGGCUAUAUACAGGGGGGUACCGGUGCAGAGUCAAUGUGCGGGGGCACCAGGUAGUUGAGGUAAUAUGUACAUGUGGGUAGAGUUAAAGUGACUAUGCAUAAAUAAUUAAGAGUAGCAGCAGCGUAAAAAGAUGGGGUGGGGGGGGGCAGUGCAAGUAGUCCGAGUAGCCAUGAUUAGCUGUUCAGGAGUCUUAUGGCUUGGGGGUAGAAGCUGUUGAGAAGCGUUUUGGACCUAGACUUGGCGCUCCGGUACCGCUUGCCGUGCGGUAGCAGAGAGACCAGUCUAUGACUAGGGUGGCUGGAGUAAUUGACAAUUUUGAGGGCCUUCCUCUGACAUCGCCUGGUAUAGAGGUCCUGGAUGGCAGGAAGCUUGGCCCCAGUGAUGUACUGGGCCGUACGCACUACCUUCUGUAGUGCCUUGCAGUCGGAGGCCGAGCAGUUGCCAUACCAGGCGGUGAUGCAACCAGUCAGGAUGCUCUCGAUGGUGCAGCUGUAGAAUUUUUUUGGAGAAUCUGAGGACCCAUGCCAAAUCUUUUCAGUCUCCUGACGGGGAAUAGGCUUUGUCGUGCCCUCUUCACGACUGUCUUUGUGUGUUUGGACCAUGAUAGUUCGUUGGUGAUGUGGACACCAAGGAACUUGAAGCUCUCAACCUGUUCCACUACAGCCCUGUCGAUGAGAAUGGGGGCGUGCUCAGUCCUCUUUUUUUUUUCCUGUAGUCCACAAUAUUCUCCUUUGUCUUGGUCACGUUGAGGGAGAGGUUGUUAUCCUGGCACCACACGGCCAGGUCUCUGACCUCCUCCCUAUAGGCUGUCUCAUCGUUGUCGGUGAUCAGGCCUACCACUGUUGUGUCGUCGGCGAACUUAAUGAUGGUGUUGGAGUCGUGCCUGGCCAUGCAGUCAUGGGUGAACAGGGAGUACAGGAGGGGACUGAGCACGCACCCCUGAGGGGCCCUCGUGUUGAGGAUCAGCGUGGCAGAUGUGUUGUUACCUACCCUUACCACCUGGGGUCCAGGAUCCAGUUGCAGAAAAAGGUGUUUAGUCCCAUGAUCCUUAGCUUAGUGAUGAGCUUUGAGGGCACUAUGGUGUUGAACGCUGAGCUGUAGUCAAUGAAUAGCAUUCUCACGUAGGUGUUCCUCUUGUCCAGGUGGGAAAGGGCAGUGUGGAGUGCAAUAGAGAUUGCAUCAUCUGUGGAUCUGUUGGAGCGGUAUGCAAAUUGGAGUGGGUCUAGGGUUUCUGGGAUAAUGGUGUUGAUGUGAGCCAUGACCAGCCUUUCAAAGCACUUCAUGGCUAUAGAUGUCAGUGCUACAGCUCGGUAGUCAUUUAGACAGGUUAUCUUAGUGUCCUUGGGCACGGGGACUAUGGUGGUCUGCGUGAAACAUGUUGGUAUUACAGACUCAGUCAGGGACAUGUUGAAAAUGUCAGUGAAGUUGGUCAGCACAUGCUCGGAGUACACGUCCUGGUAUUCCGUCUGGCCCUGCUGCCUUGUGAAUGUUGACCUGCUUAAAAGUCUUACUCACAUCGGCUACGGAGAGCGUGAUCACAUAGUCAUCUGGAACAGCUGGUGCUCUCAUGCAUGCUUCAGUGUUGCUUGCCUCGAAGGGAGCAUAGAAGUGGUUUAGCUCGUCUGGUAGGCUUGUGUCACUGGGCAGCUCGCGGCUGUGCUUCCCUUUGUAGUCUGUAAUCGUUUUCAAGCCCUGCCACAUCCGACGAGCGUCGGAGCCAGUGUAGUACGAUUCAAUCUUAGUCCUGUAUUGACUCUUUGCCUGUUUGAUGGUUCUUCGAACAGGCAAAGAGUCAAUACAGGACUAAGAUUGAAUCAGACUACACCGGCUAUGACGGAUUGACGAUAGUUUAGGAAAAUAAUCUAGUCUUGAUAAAUGAUGAAAGCAGAAUCACAAUUUUAAGUAUUCUAAUUAAGUGGAAGACCAGUUCAUCCCAAUAUGAUGAUACUAGCUACUUCUUCAAACUUGCAAAGUCUUGGCUUUAACAACAUAACGCACACAUUCUUAACAUUCUCAGCCAAAGGAUACAAUUUAUCCUAAGCCUAAGGUUCCCAGCAUGUGACUGUCUUUCCCUAAGGUGAUUGAUGAGAUCUACCGUGUGCUGCGAUAUGUGAACUCUACACGCGCUCCCCAGCGGGCUCACGAGGUGCUGCAGGAGCUGCGAGACAUCUCUUCCAUGGCCAUGGAGUACUUUGAUGAAAAGAUUGUCCCCAUCCUGAAGAAGAGGCUUCCCGGGGCCGACCUGUCAGGGCGCCUCAUCGGAUCUGCCCCAGGUAAUGGACAACUACACUGACCUUUUAUGGCCAAUAAAGGUCCUGUAAUGUACAAACGCCCAUGUAACUUAUUAUGAAUAAAAUUAACAUGACUAUCUUCUUUAUUGUUCAACUUGGCUACCCAUUUAAAGAUUGUACCUAAGAUCAUCACCCUCCCCAUUCUCUCUGCCUACCCCAGUGGCCGGCCCCUCCACCUCCCUGACCACCAUGUCCCUGCUGGCCAAGAACACGCCGUCGCGCUCUGAGAUGACCAAGGUACAGCAGCAGAUGAAGGUGAACGGGGUGUCCAUGACUGCACUGCGGCGGGAGAUGCAGGAGGUGCGCGUCAAGCAGCUGGAGCAGCAGAAGCAGCUGCAGGACCAGGAGCAGAAGCUGCUGGAGCAGACGCAGGUUAUCGGGGAGCAGAACGCCCGGCUGGCUGAGCUGGAGCACAAGCUCAGGGAACUGAUGGACAGUGCGGUGGGGGGAGGGGCCAGGCCAGCCGUAGCCUCCACCUCCUCGGCUUCUUCCUCAACAGGCUCAGCUGCUGUCGCCACGUCACCCAGCACCAUGGCCACAGCGGUGGAGACACAGGGCAGCCCGCCCCUGAAACGCACCAGGAAGAGCUCAGACCUGCGUCAGUCCAAACGCCUGCGCAGCAAGAAAUAG